AUGGUGAAGAACAAAAAGUCAUCUGACGCUGAUAAGCGAGCGGCGGGGCGUAAGAAGGGCGGGGACGACGAAUCAUACAGCUUCGACGAUGGCGGUGGCGGAUCCGAAAGUGGCGAGGAAGCCGCUGCCACAGCACCCGACCUGUCCAUGGACUCACUCCGCAAGGUCUUCCACCUGCCCUGCGUGGACGCCGCGGCUGCUCUGGGCGUGGCGCAUUCGAAGCUCAAGCGGCGGUGCCACAAAAUGAAGAUUGCCCGCUGGCCGCAACGUAAAUUGGCCUCGCUGCUGUUCCUGCGGGAUGCGCUGCCCAACGACCCCCGGCUGUCAGCGGCGCAGCGGGAGUCCAUCAUGUCCAAGAUUGAUGCCGAGUACUGCAAGGUGAUGCAGGAUCCGAACCACCCGCUGGAUAAGGAGCUGGAGCAGCUGCGCAAGUCCAACUACAAACUGAAUUACAACCGAAAGCUCAAGUGCGCCGCUAAGACCGGAAAGCGGGCCGGGUCAGCGGGCGACACAGAUACCGGUACCGGUACUGGUGGCGGGUGCUCCUGGCGGGCAGGAGCAGACUCAGCAGCCGGGGGGGGGGCGGCAGGGCCGCGCUGGGAGCCCGCCAGCGGCAGCGCUGACGGCGACGACGGUGGCGGCGGCAGCGGCAGCGGGCGCCUCCCCCCCCGGAGGAUAGGGGCGCCGCCGCCGCUGACGUUGGGACGCGGCAGCGUGACGUCGCCAACAGCGUCAGGACAGGAGAACGGCAGCGGUGGCGGCAUUGUCGCCGCCGCCGCUGACUCUCCUGUCUGGGAUUCCGCCGCCGCCGCUGAAGACGACGGCGUCGUUGUUGCGGCCGCCGGCGCGGGCUUCGGGAGCAGCCCGCGCAGGGCCGUACAGCGCCGCCUCGCGGCGCAGCUUGGAGGGUCCGGCGGUGCCGCUGGUGGCGGGGUUGCUGGCGGCACUGGCGCUAGCGGCCUGGGCCGGCGUUCGUCCUCUUUAGAACGCAGUGCGCUGCUUUCCGUCAUUUCAGAUGGUAAGAUUGUCAAGCAGGGGGGGUCCGCGGCGCGGCGUCAGAGCGGCAGCGGCAACGCGACGCCGCGGACGCUGCAGGGCGGCGGCGGGCCGUCGGGGCCGUUCAGCACUGGCGCCGCCGCCGCAGUCGCCGCCGCCGCCGCCGGCCUUCUGGCUGGCGGCCCGGGCUCGCCACUGCUGCGGCGCAACCUGGCGUCGCCGGUGGGCCAUGGCGGCGGCGCCGCCGCCGAUGGCGCCGCGGCGGCCUUCGCUCCCGCCUCCCGAGAAGGGCCUCUGGAGGGCAUGUGGGGCAGCAGGGGCCCGGCGGGAGUCCACCUGCCCCCGGACCCCCUCCACCUACAGUCCAGCCUCGGAGGGGACGUACGCAUCCAGGGACUGGUUUCGAAGCAUCCCGGCGGCAUCCGCGCCGCCGCCCCCGGCCCAGCCGUCGGAUACGGCGCCAGCGCCGGCUUGGUUGAAGCCAUGUACGGCGGCCUCGGUGACGGCGCUGGCGGUGUUGCCGUCGGCAUUGGCGGCGGCAGCGCCUCCGUCGUGUCUGCCGGUGUCAAUGCGAUCCUAAACGACACGGGCGCUGCUUCGGCGGCUGCGGCGGCGGCAGGUGGUCUACUAUUGGGGCUGGAGGCGAUGAUGACGGGUGUCACUGGCGGCGGCAGCGGUGGCGGUGGCGGUGGCGGCGGACGUGCCGCUGGGUUGCAGGCACCUGACCAACUGUCGGAAGAAGAAUUGGCGCUGCUUGGGAUCCAGGGCCCAGAUCGGGAUUUGUUACUGGAUCCAACAACUGACAACAGUUUGGAUCCGCUACUGGAUCUCCUGUUGGCUGGAAGCGACCCCGUGCUGGGGUCCGGUGGCGUCGGUGGUGGUGGUGGUGGUGGUGCAACGGCGGCCGCGGCCGCGGGCACGGGCCGGCCGAUGAUGCCGUCAAUCUCACAGCAGCUGCCCCAGCCGCACCAAGAACAGUUCCUCCCCUCCUCGUCCGCCCUGCUGAGUCCGCCCGGCGGCGGCGGCGGCGGCUGCGGGCCGCACGGGGUAAUGUCCAUUACCGCAACAGCCGCCAUGCAACAGCCGCACCUGUUGUAUUCGCAGCAGCAGCCUUAUGUCUUCAAUGAGGCGCCGGUGCGCCGGCUUUCUGACGCGCUACCCGCUGGCAAUGGCAUGCUGUACGGCAGCGACCUGGCUGCAGCCGGCGGCGGCGGCGGAAUUGCCGGCGCCGCUGGUGGCAGCAUGCCGUCAUCGGCCUCGCCGGUUCUAUUCCGCACCUCCGCGUCCGGGGUGCCGCUAGCACCUGGCGGAGGGGGCGGGGGCGGGGGUUUGUCGCCCUCCGUAUCCUUAGCGACAGGGACAGGGACCGCGCCGCUGGGUGUCGGCGGCUUCCCGCCGCUGCGGCAGCAUCGCCUGUCGUCAGUGUCCGGCAUCUCGGGCGCCGCGCAGCCGGCGUUAGGCGGCAGCGGCGGCGGUGACCUCUUGUCGCUUGAUGCGUCCGCCGUUACCGGCAGCGGUAGCGGCAGCGGCGGCCUCUUUGACAGCGAUAUAGUACGGCGGAUGGCGGCCCUACAUGCCAGGUCAAACUCCGCCUCGGGCGCCGUCGAGCCGUCGGGCAGAAACAACAUGUUGGGUUCAGCUGACGCUGACGUCAGUGCCAGCAGCAGCAGUCGCCGGUCCGGGGAGGGGACCGGGCGGGACGUCGGGGCUACUGCCGCGGCCUCCUUGUCGCUGCUGGGCCGCCGGGAGCAGCAGCAGCAGCAGCAGCAGCAGCAGCAGCUGGCGGCGGCGGUGGCGGCGGCGGCACGGGACCAGUUGACGCGCGCGAUUCACAGCAAUGGCAGGGACCCGAGCGGCGGCGGCGGAGGAGGAUACAGCAGCGGCGGCGGCGGUCCUGCUGCAGCUGCAGCGAGCCUGGGUGCGCCUGGUUUGCAUUCGCAGCAACAGCAGCAACAGCAGCAGCAGGCUGCGGUGUUGUACGGCCAGGCGGCGGCGGGUGGCAGCGGCGGCAGCGGGCCGUACCCGUCUGGUGGUGGCCACGUGUCUCCGCCGCCGCCGGAUACCCUCGCGUCUCUACAGGUACGGCGUCGCCGUGGGGUAGCUGACCGCGCCUUUUAG